AUGGCGUCCACCGACGCGGAACAGACCGAGAAGAAGCUGGAGGGUACCAUCGAGACAGCACAGGAGCUGCACGAGGACCCCCAGUCUCAUGUCAACCCAGAUAAAGUCGAACAGAAGGUCGUCGACGAUGCCCGACAAGCUGGCGUCGCCGCAUACCAAUUCGAUCCCGACGCUUCACCCGAAGAUAAGGCCAAUGCCGCCAAGGGGCGACUGCCGCCUGAUUUCCACCACCCGCACAAGCCCAAGGGCAUUGCAGUAAUUACAGAUAAGAACGAUGGAAAAGCAGACUAUGACCUCCCUCCCCCGCAAUCUGCGACCGCCAUUAUGGCCGAGGAAGCGACCAAGGCCGGCGCGGAUGCGGAGGACGGGAAACCGCCUGUAGAUGAAGAUUUACGAUGGGCGCGCGAUCGAACGGGUUGGGCCCCGAAGUUCGUCACGGAGAAGCUAGAGGGUCUCGACGAUGAGGGCACAUUGCUGGAUCACCAGACAUUCUUGGAAGGGAGAAUCCCCGACAAGUUCUUUGGGGACUGGUACCAUAAUGCGGCCAUCAUCGUGUUCGCCUGUUUAUCUUCCUGGCUGAUCGCUGUCGUGGGCGGUGGUAUCGGGUGGGUGCUGAUGAUCAUGGCGGCUUGCAGUACUUACUACCGUACCUCGAUUCGACGGGUGCGUCGCAACUUCCGCGACGAUAUCAGUCGUGAAAUGUCUAAGGCGCGUCUUGAGACGGAUACCGAGAGCUUGGAGUGGAUCAACAGCUUCUUGGUCAAGUUCUGGCCUAUCUAUGCCCCGGUUCUCUGCGAUACCAUCAUCAACUCUGUGGAUCAGGUUCUCAGUACAUCCACCCCGGCCUUCCUGGAUAGCUUGCGCUUGAAGACUUUCGUUCUCGGUAGCAAGCCUCCUCGUCUUGAGCAUGUCAAGACAUACCCCAAGACUGAGCCUGAUACCGUCAUCAUGGACUGGAAGUUUAGCUUCACGCCUAAUGAUACUAUGGAUCUGACUGCCCGUCAGAUGAAGGACAAGAUUAACCCCAAGGUUGUGCUCGAAGUUCGUGUCGGAAAGGGCAUGGUCAGCAAGGGUCUGGAUGUGAUUGUCGAGGACAUGGCUUGCUCCGGCCUCAUGCGCAUCAAGGUCAAGCUCCAGAUUCCCUUCCCCCACAUCGAGCGCGUGGAUGUCUGCUUCCUGGAUAAGCCCGAGCUCGACUAUGUUUGCAAGCCCCUCGGUGGUGACCACCUUGGAUUUGAUAUCAACUUCAUCCCCGGUUUGGAAAGCUUCAUCAAGGACCAGAUCCACGCCAACUUGCAGCCAAUGAUGUACGACCCGAAUGUCUUCCCCAUUGAGAUCGCCAAGAUGCUUGCUGGAAACCCCGUUGAUCAGGCUAUUGGUGUUGUCGCUAUCACUCUACACGGUGCUCACCAGCUCAAGAACCCCGAUAAGUUCUCUGGCACUCCUGAUCCAUAUGCCGUGGUGUCAUUGAACAACCGCAACGAACUCGGUCGCACUAAGAUCAUGCACGACACCGACAGCCCCCGCUGGAACGAAACCAUCUAUGUCAUUAUCACUUCUUUCGCCGACGCCUUGUCAAUCGCUGCGUACGACUGGAAUGAAUUCCGCAAGGAUAAGGAAAUGGGUACCGCUAGCUUCGCAUUGGACAAACUUGAACAGGAACCUUCUCACGAGGGCAUCUACCUGGAGGUGCAGGCCAGUGGUCGUCACCGUGGUGCCAUUCAGGCCGAUAUUCGCUUCUUCCCCGUCCUCGAGGGCCGCAAGAACGAGGCCGGCGAGGCCGAGCCUGCACCCGAACUCAACACCGGUAUCGCUCAAUUCACCAUUGAACAGGCUAAGGAUCUCGAUGGCAGCAGGAGUUUGGUCGGCAAGCUGAACCCCUACGGUGUUCUUCUCCUUAACGGAAAGGAGAUUCACAUCACCAACAAGCUCAAGCGCACCAACAACCCCAUCUUCCAGAACGCCUCUAAGGAAUUCCUCGUCACUGACCGCAAGAACGCCAAAUUGGGUCUCAUUCUCAAGGACGACCGUGACAUCAUGCAGGACCCGAUUAUCGGUCGGUACCAGAUCAAGAUGAACGACAUGAUCAAGAUGAUGGAGCGUGGCCAGCAGUGGUUCCACCUCCACGGUGCCAAGGAUGGUCGUGCCAAAAUGACCUUGAACUGGAAGCCGGUUGCUCUUGGUGGUAUCGGCAGCGCCGGCUACAUCGACCCGAUUGGUGUCAUGCGCUUCCACUUCAAGCGCGCGACCAACCUGCGCAAUCUGGAGGCCAUGGGCAAGUCCGACCCCUACGCUCGUGUGCUGCUUUCUGGUAUUACUCGCGGUCGCACCGUGACUUUCCGCAACAACCUCAACCCCGAGUGGGAUGAGGUCGUCUACGUCCCUAUUCGCAGCGCCCGUGAGAAACUGACUGUCGAGGUCAUGGACGAGGAGACCAUCAACAAGGAUCGAACUCUUGGAUGGUGCGAUCUCAAUGCUUCGGACUUCGUUCGUGAGAACGAGGCUGGUGAGUAUGAGAUCGACGAUGAGAAGCAAGCAAUCACUAGCUCGCUGAGCAUCAGCGGUGGCGCCAAGAAGGGUGAACUUUUCUACGAUGUUGCUUUCUUCCCGUCUGUGCCUGUUGUCAACCCCGAAGAUGAGGUGGAAGAGGAAGAGGAAGAGGAAGUUCCUGGUACCCCCGGCCCUGACUCCGUUGACUUCCGCAAGAGCAUGGAGUCUCGACCCAAGACAUUGCACACCAAGUCUGCAAGUGUUGACUCGAAGUCCUCCAAGACUUCCAAGUCCCUGUCCAAUGGCGCUACUCCUAAUGGUACUAACGGCAACGGUGAGCCAACCACCAACGGCCGCACCAGUCUGGAGACGAAUGGAUCGCGCCCAAUGACCGGUCCCCAGUCUGAGACCGCGUCCGUUCGGUCGAUCAAGUCGAUUCCCCGCACUUUCGUUGCCGCGGACGAUCUGGAGAAAUAUGAGUCCGGUUUCAUCGUGUUCAAGUUCCACGAAGGCCAGCUGGCACAUGCCCACGUCCAGCUGGAAGUCUUGAUGGAUGACUACAUGUUCCCUGCCUAUACCUCAUCUAAAAUUCACACCACGACUGCCAAGUUCACCGACAUCGGUGAGGCCUUCGUUCGCGAGCUCGAGUUCUCCAAGAUCACCCUGCGUCUCGUCAAGAAGGAUGACCCCAAGGACUCCAGCGAGGAACACACCGUCGCCAAGCUGACCGGCGAUACCCUGCCAACCCUCAUGCGCAUGCUGUACACUCCCACCGAGCUGGUCCUGCGCUCCACCGAUGGUGAAGUGAGCAAGGUCACCGUCAGCGCCCGCUACAUCCCCACCCAGAUGAAGCUCGACCCAUUGGAGAGCAUCAACAACAUGGGUACCCUUCGUGUCGAUGUUCUCGAUGCCGCCGAGCUCCCAGCUGCUGACCGCAACGGUUUCUCCGACCCAUUCUGUAAAUUCCGCCUGGGCGAUGAGACCGUUCACAAGACCAAGGUCCAAAAGAAGACUCUGCAUCCUGCGUGGAACGAGUUCUUUGAAACUCCCAUUAAAUCGCGCAUUGGCGCUAACUUCCACGUCGAUGUUUACGACUGGGACUUUGGUGACUCGGCUGACUGGCUCGGUGCCACCCCUAUCAACCUGGAGGACCUGGAGCCAUUCGUCUCCAAGGAGAUCACUCUUCCUCUGGAUGGCAAGUCGGGCGUCAUCCGUCUGAAGGUGCUCUUCAAACCUAGCUACGUCAUUCGCUCUCGUCAAGGCUCCUCCACCUUCUCUGGCACCUUCGCCGUGCCCGGUAAGAUUGUCGGUGCUCCCGUGAAGGGCGUUGGCUUCGUCGGCGGCAACGUCGUCCGCGGUGCCUCCUUCGUCAAGCACGGCUUCAUGUCCCGAUUCGGAGGCAAAGACAAGCAGGAGGACGCAACCUCCAUCGCCGAAGAGGACCAAGACCGCCUCGCCCCCUCCGCCUCGAUCGCCGAUUCCUCUGCCCUGGAAACACCGCAGAAGGAGCACUCCCGCAACCGCAGCACAGCCUCGCAGUACGGCGACCGUCUCAGCGUGAUCGGAUCCUCGUCCGGAGAAAAGGGCGUCGCAAACAUCACCCUCGUCUCAGCCGCCAACUUCCCAACCAACGCCAACCUGCGCGUCAUCGUCCGCGUCGUCGGCCCCAAGGGCGCAAAGGAAGUCCAUAAAACAAAGGCUCACAAGAACACCUCUGGAACUGUCAACUACGACGACGCCUUCCGAGUCCCCAACACCACCGCCGAUGCCCAGUACCAGAUCCGUGUCGUCGACCACGCCACUUUCGGUUCCGACGACACUCUCGGCGAUGCCCUGUUCUUCGUCGAUGACCAGGGUUCCGUCGCUGGUCAGGAUAAGGUUGUUACCGUCGGCGACGGUGUCGUGACUAUCCGCUCCAGCUUCGCGCCUUCGGAUUCUGGCUUGAGACCUACCACCUCUGGCUCAACCGCUGCUGAAAACGAUGGCGCUGAAAGUCCUGAUUCGCGAAAGAUGCCGAGACGUAGCUUCUUGAGCAAGCGAAGCGUCAGUGGGGCUUAA